UGUCUGUGCAAGUUCACACACUGCUCCUUUAUAGCUCUCCUGUGUACCAGGAGAUCAUUUCUUGACUCAAAGGUAGAGGCUGAGACCGGGCACCAGAAGACCAGAGGGGCAGAGCCAUGAUGUCAGAGACUAACAUGAGAUAAGACCCAAGGAGAAAGUUCCACCUGCCACAAGAAGAGUGGGGAGAAGAAGGACCCAAGUCCCAGCCAUGGACAGUUUCGCUGAAUGUUUGAACAAGUUGAAGGACGUCCAUGAGAAAGAAGUCCUCGGGCUACAGAACAAAUUGUUGGAGCUUAACACAGAGAAGUGCCGAGAUGCCCAGAGGAUUGAAGAGCUAUUUGCCAAAAACCACCAGCUUCGGGAACAGCAGAAAGCCCUGAAGGAAAAUGUUAAGGUAUUAGAGAACAGGCUGAGGGCCGGCCUCUGUGACCGAUGCAUGGUGACUCAGGAGCUGGCCAAGAAGAAACAGCAUGAAUAUGAGAAUUCCCAUCUCCAGAGCCUGCAGCACAUCUUCAUUCUCACUAAUGAAAUGAACGGGCUAAAGGAAGAAAAUAAAGCUCUGAAGGAAGAGUUGAAGAGACUUCGAAACCUGGAAGACAGACCCAAGCACCACAAGGCUAUGUCCAGGGAAAGCAGCUCCAGUCCAGAUUCACCUGUGCCCUUACUAUCCCCAGGAGGGCGCAAGCCUAGCACGGAGAAACCACCACCAAGCCGGGAGACAGAGGAGGACUAUCUUCCCCACACUCCCCUAGGAGAAGAAAAGUCAACAGGGUACCAGACUUCUCCAAUCCCUAAAAUCCCUCCUGGGACAAACCUUCAGGAGCAGCGAGUUCUGGACAUGAAUCCCCAGAGGAUUUCUAAUCAGCUGCAUGGGACCAUUGCUGUGGUCAGACCAGGCUCCAGGGCUUGCCUCUCAGAGAAAAACUCUUCUGAAGCAGCUACUCCACCCCCGCCAAGAAGCAGCCCUCCAUCCCCAUCCUAUGACCGAAGCCAUACCCUGGACAGCUACAUGAAAACAAACAAGCAGGAUUCCCGAGAGUCAGCCUCUUCCUAUGAAUCCCUAAAGUUGACAGCGCGCAGUGAGCACCUCUGUCUUCUCAACCGCCACUUGUCCCUGCAUCGCUUCGGCCUCCGGAGUCACUGCUCUUCGCCCACGGGGACCCAGAGCUUUUCGAGGAGUGGGCUGAAGGGCGGGGAGGGCGAGGAAGUCCGGAGCCGACUGCAGGAGGACUGGGAGGACCGCCCGGCCUUCUUAGACCUGCCCGGAGCUAUCGUGUACAUGCGGGACCAGAGACUGGAGGGCACGCUCCAGUUCCUGGAGCAAAGGGAGAGGCUGCAGUACCUCCUGGCCCAGCAGCAGCUUCGGGGGCUCCGAGCUCGGGUGGAGAGCACCAGAGACCGAGAUACAGCUCCAGCGGAACGGGAGGAGAAGGCGCCCUCUUCUCCCCACCAGGCUGCAGACUCCGGAGGAAAAGAGACACAGAAGGAAGAGAAGCAUCCACCCAGGGAGCCUUGUGCAGAGCCUAUGAGACCUCUGCUCCUAGUGGGGAGCGACUGCUCAGAGGCAAGGGAGAAGGAGGAAACGAGCCGGAAUUAUGUCCUGGACAAGCCCCUGGACCUCUCCGACUAUGGCCGGUGUCGGGAAGCCCCUAGACUCCCCGAUUGGCUCAAGUCCCCUAGUCCCCCGGAGAUUCGAAGCCCAAGUCCAAGGUUAGGGGAAAGAUCUUUGGCACAGAGGGGCAAAGGGGCUCACUCCCUUCUGGCUCCAGAGACCCUAAGCAAAUUCCCAGCCUCCAAUCCCCAAGACGUUCAUAGAGAUGUAGAUCGAGUCUGCAGCCAGGAGAGCGAUGAUCCAUCUGCAACUUUGGAGCGAAUGCCAUCCACACAAGGUCAUCAUCCCAGCAAGCUCACUUCAGACGAGGCUGAACAUGAACCAGGAAUCAGGCUGAGGUUGUCUCUCCGGAAACAAGAAGCAGAUGGUCAUCCAGACACCAACCACGCUGAGUCCUCGAAGCCAGAGUCUGAUGAGAUGGAUACCUCAGACAGUGAGGUGCCUCCUAAUUAUGACCCAGGAACCAACCAAGAUACCCAGGGAGAAGACCUAAGGUAUUUCUGUGUGAAGGAUAAAAUACAGGGAUUGCCCAAGAAACGGAAACGAGGACAAGAUCUAUGGAGUAAAGCUAAGAAGUCCCCAAGAGGAAGAAGAAGAGUGAAAGAGGUCUCUGCCCAGAUUGAAGAAGGAAGCCCAAAGGAAGAAGACAAUCCCAGCCCUGCUUCAAGCAAUGGGGCUUUGGAGGAGACUUCCAUGAGUGGGCCAUGAGUGGGAAUUCAGGAAGUUUUGUUUUCAUUAAGACAAACAAAAAAGAAAUGACAUAAAAUGGCCAAGUGACCAAGACCAGAGUCUCCAAACUCCAAAGUGCCAGCAGUCUUGGACUCUGUGAGUUCCUUCCCCAAUCCUAGAUUUCAACACCACUGUGUACUUCUCCCAGGGGAUAAGAGUAAGGCAAGCAAAGGGCAUUAUGAAGGCUUGGUUUGGUGUGGAGGGAAAGGAGUAAACAGGGAUAAAUCUUUUUAACUAGUUUCUAAAAGCACAAACCAUCUUAGCAAGAAAGAGAUGGCACAAAUUCAGGAACCCCUCUGGCCUCCACUCUUAUCUUAAGUAAAAUGAACACAAUCAAUCUUUGGCGGUAAACUCUGAGGACUGUGUGCAAAUGGCUGGAAGGUUCUUACAUAAAGGAGAAGUAGUUUGAUGACUGAACAAAGAGCCCUGGGAACAGAAGGGUUUGCAAAGGCUCAAUCCUCCUCUCGAGUGGGGAACUUUUUUUCUGCCGAACAUUUGUGUCCAGCCUUCAGCCUUGGAGUCAUGGUAAUUCCUGGAAACAGAAAUUAGCAUCUUUUCCUCCCUUAGGGAAAAGUCAAAUAGUAAUUGAAUGGAUCUGGGAGGUGGAUGGUCCAAGGCUUCAGACCAGGUAAACUUGGAACAGAGGUAGUAGAGGGGAAGAAAAAAGAAGAAUAGAAGGUCCUGGUAUUCACAUCUCUGCUGCUCUCUGAACUUGGAGAUAUUCACCUGCCUUCCUCUCAGAAGAAAGAAACAGCAGGAACACAGUGGCCACUGGUCAGACAGAGAUGGCUGGCUCUAAGACCCUACCAUCUCUCUACAAAAGAAGGAGCCCAUGACAGCCCUCAGAAACUGACUGCAUUCUGCUCCCUGUGCUUUACUGAUUCUACCAAUUCUCAAUUAUCCAGAGGCAGCAUUUGAGAGUAGGACCACUGGAAUCCACAAGUAAUCCAAAAGCCUUGUUAUGGCCAACAGAUUCUACUCUCUCCCAUAAAGUCAACAAGUCUUGAUUAUGCACCUUCUUUGUGUAUGAUAAUAUCGGUGGCCCUGUAUUAGCCUGCAUUCUAGGAGAGACAGGAGACUUGGUCCUUACCCUCACGGAGCUCAUAGUCUGACUGGGGAAACCAGACUCAGGUGGGAGGGGGGAGGGAGUGAACAAUAUAAGAAACAAUAUAAUUCAAUUCAAGAAACUGAGGGCUAAACUACAUGGCUCUGACCAUAAGGGGUGCAAUGCCAGGCAGGUCAAUGAGGUCCUUAAACCUACACUGAAAACCGCAAUGUAAUAGUGCAUCUUCUUGGCCAAAAAAUGAAGCCAUUAUUGGUAAAGGCUGUAUUUCUGAGGACUAGGAGCCUCAGGAUCCCUGGAUUUUUACAUUGGCCAAGCCUCCUACUCUCAUUUUUCACCUCUAGACCUCCCUGGGACUCUGUCAGUGGUAGAAAGAGGAUACAGUCAAUGACCUUGAGGUUUUCAGCCUGGAAAGCUGGGAGGAUGAAAUACCAUCUGUAGAAAUUGAGAAGUUAGGAGGUGGGACAUUUUUGGGGAGGGCGAUAAUGACGAGUUCAGUUUUGGCCAUGUGGAGUUAGAAGUUCUAGCAGGACAUCUUGGUAUAAAUAUGCAAGAAGCUAAAAAAAGUUUCUUCACUGGAGAUAUUCCAAUAAAAGCUAGAUGACCACUGAUCAGGCAUUUAUAGAGUGGAUUAUUGUUUGGGUACGGCUUAAACUAGAUAGCCUCUGAGCUCUCUUCUAACUUUGAAAAUCUGUGGUUCUGUGAGGAAUGAGGUACAUGGUGGCCAGAUGUGGCCACUUUGGAUAAAAAAUCGGGCUUAUACAAAAAUAAGUUAAGAACCGAAUUGGGCUUCACAAAAGGAUACGUGGGCUUACAAUUAGAAGAGGUCUCAGAAGUCACCUAGCACUAUCCUGAAACAGACCAUGAGCUUUUUUUCUACCACAACCCUGAAAGGUAUCAUCCAGCCUUUGCUUGGAUACAUUUCUCUACAGAGGUUUAAAAUGUUCUUGUGUAUUUAGAAAUGACUUAGUUUCUACAAUUCAAUUUACAGGCAACAUGUAAGCAACAUUCUAUUGUGCAGAUUAAGCAUCCUCUGUAAAUAGGUCAAAGUUGGGCAGCCAGGAUGCAGAGAAUGAGAAAAGGUCUGCCUUGAAUGCUGCAUACAAGUUAUUUUUUUUUUCUCAUAGGCUGGGUCUGCCACCUAGUGGAGAAGUCUGGUAAUAAUGUAUUUUACCAAAGCUAAAGAUGGCAGAGAGAAGUCAUAGAAAAGCCAAUCAGACAAGGCUAACAGUCAAUCAGAAAAGGUAAUCAAUAGGUAGACUGCACUUAAUUCCAAAAUGGUGGGCAUUAGACAGUAAUUCUGGGUUUUUCUCUUAAUCUUUGUGGUCCAUAGGCUUGGAGAGUAAUCCAAAAAUCCUUCCUGUUGAACAUUUUUUCUCAAUUCAAAACACUGUGAUAUGAAAUUCUAUUCUGUGUUGUGUUCUUACCAUUGAAAUGAUGUGACAUUUUGUGGAAAUAAAAUUUCAA